AUGGUGAGAAUAGCGGAAGACCCAGGGGUUGAAAUUGGGUCUAACGGUAGCGAAAGAUUUGGUAAAAAGCGAAUCCCACCUGGAAGCAAUGCUCGAACAGCAGCAAGAGAUCCUCAUAUCGAAUUGGACCUUGCAGGAAAAUUCCUCACCGAUGAGGGCAUUGUGGCAAUCGCAGAGGCCCUUGUCGGCUGUAUUCAAUUCCGAGAUGAGGAUCAUCCACAUGGAGUUGUGAGACUAACUGAGUUAUCUCUAAAGGGAAACGAUAUGACGAUGGAAGCAAUGGCAAAGCUGUCCAAUGUUGUGGCAUUAAGCAUGGACAGCUUGGCUAGACUGGAUAUUUCUGAUAACAAGAUUGUUAUCGCAAAUAAUGAGCAGAAGAGAGAAUGGCGGAACUUUCUUAAGUCAUUUGAAGGGUGUUAUAUGUUGAAAAUGAUUGACUUCAGUGGCAAUAACCUUGGUAGUUCAGGAUUUGAUGCUAUAGCUGAAGUAUAUCUCAAGAGCGAUCUCGAUUUCGUUGACGUCGGAUCAAGCGAGGAUCACAACGAGAAUUUGCACGGCAUUAAACAAGCCUUUAAAUCUGUCUCACUAAAUUUCAAAGAAAACACAUCCUCGGUUUCCAUUAGGCAAGACGAAAUUCAGUGCGAAGUUGCCAGAUUAGAACACAAAGAAUUAUUUUCGAGCACAAGAGGCCUUAAAUCGGUACCUUACCUGGUAUUUUCUGGAUGCGGAAAUUCGACUGCAUGUGCCUUUCAUAUAUGGUGCAUGCUUAUGAUUCAUCUCUCGCCUGAAAAGUUGCUCGAGUGCCUGCCCACUGGCAAAUCCAUAGCGCCAGCUGGAGCCACGACGGGAACUGCAGGUAUAAUCUAUGCUCUAAAUGAUUUUGGUCCGCUGGGACGUUCUUUGCUUAACCUCGGAGUGCGGUUUCUCAAAGAAUUUUCCAAAGUAAAUGACGAUAUCGAUUUGAUGAAUUUUGGAGAACGGUUUGAUAGUGGCAAGGCAAUUCGAGCGCGAGAGGUGUGCAGGAAAACGCAAAUAGAGAUGGAACGGGUUAAAUAUCGAGCAAUUCUGGACACCCUUACAACUGAUGGUAUCCAAGCAGUCGAACUGUGGAAUGUUGCAUUUAAGACCAUGACUGUUGCCCGCGCUCUUCUCCUGGAUGACGAUGACAAACCAAAAUUGAUCGGGCAGAUUGACGAAACGUGCCAAAAUUAUGAAAUGGACGCAAUCCCCGAUCCACCACUCAGCUUCUAUUAUCCCCAAGCAAUUUCACCCUGGAGCAAUUUUGCAGAAGAAUUUCCUUGUCUUCCUGGAACCCCCGAAAUUAAAAAUAGCGGGAUAAAUCCCGUAACACCUCAGCCUGUUUGGAAAAACCAUGGCCACAGACCUAGUUGGGGAUCGAACGACUUUAUGGUUCGCAAUUCUCCUCGCGCAGAGAUGAUCAAAAUUUCACCACAGACAAUUGCAAGGCCCGCUCCGAAGACGGUGUUCAAAGAAACUGGCCGUUUUGGCUUACCACUGCGCCUCUGGGCGAGAAUAAUCGUCGAUGCCAUGGAUGAAAACCAAAUUCUAAGUCCCCAACAGCAAAUGCGAAUUGUUAGGUAUGCGUGCGAUUGGGAUUCGCUGGAGCAAGAGUUAAAGAUAACAGGAGGAACUGAGCCCGAGCAAAUCAGAAAAAUACUCAACUCAAUGGACUGUCUCAACUAUUCGAAAUUUGAAUAG